UUUUCUCUUCUGGAGGAAGAAAUGAUCUGCUUGUUAAAGAAACUUAAUACCGCAAUGAAAUGAAAUGGGAGUGUAAAUGUUUCUUAUUAAGAAAACUCGUCUGUGGAUAAGUGUCUCUUCUCCCACAACGACACGGCCACAUGGAGACGUUCAGCUUAAAAAUGAUCUUAUUGGAUGUUCGAGUAAGUGGGCUAUCAAUGGACGGAAAUAAGGAGUUCACUACUUUCCCUUCUUCUUAAAUCGGAAUGGGUGGUGUGCCAUGGUAGUGGGAGCAGUUUAAAGUUCGGUGCAGUCCGAACAAGAAAUUUUAGCAAGGCUUCAUUAUCCAUUCUGCAUUUCAAGUUUGUUCAACUGAUCAGAGUCAAAAAGUGUCAUUAGCAAUUAAGCAGUGUUACAGAAAUGGCUCAAAAAAGCUUAUUCUCCAUCGAUUCGAUUUUAAAUGGUCAGCCACGGUUGUCAGAGUCGUCUGACAAAAAGUCCUGGCUGCAGAUUGGGCAUGGUUGUUCCAGUGGCAGUGGCAUUGUUCCAUCUCGAGACAGUAAUUGCCCCCAACAAGAAAAAGGGCUGAGACUUGAUUCCGACGAGUGUGACCAAUCGGUUAAUCAUCGUCGCCUUUGUAGUGCUCCCGUAAUAAAUUCCUUCACACAUGACCAUGAACAAAGUCGGGAUGAGGAUUCUGUUCUCGCUGACAAUGACAGUGGUCAGACCCGUCGGAAAAUCAACGGCAGCAUCAUUAUGAAUAACAACAAUGGAGAAAAUAAUCAUGCUAAAAGAUGUGGCAGUGGGUUGGACAGCGUUUUUGGAUAUUUCAGACCUGAUUCACUCAACAAUGCUGCAGCUCCUCCAUUUGACGAAGGAGGAAGACGACGAACAAAGUCAGGCUAUCACGAUCAAAGUGUGAAUGCUCGUGCCAGUAUGAAAUCGUGCAGAAAAAGUGUGGCUAAUUGUACGGAAAGUGCUGGACCAGACAUGCUCGAGUUGUCCUCUGGGGAGAGUGAGGACACCACCGACGGAUCGAGUCCUCCUGGGCUGGACAAAGACAAUGACACAAUGAGAUUCAUUAUCCCGAAUGGAAACGAGAAGGACGGAAUCAUGUUUCGUAUUAUGAAAGCAGACUUGGAAAAUGAUGCUGGCGAUGAAGAUGCCAUGGUGGAGGACAUGGACGAUAUGGACGGGGAAAUUGAGAAUGAAGAACACCACACCGCACUUGGCGAUGAUGGGAAAGAGGAGCGGAAGAAACGCCCCCGUACCGCGUUCACGGCGUCUCAAGUGAAAGCACUCGAGUCAGAGUUUGAAAGAAAUAAGUAUCUCUCAGUGGCCAAGAGAAGCCAGUUGGCGAGGACGCUAAAGCUUACGGAGACGCAGAUCAAAAUAUGGUUUCAAAAUCGUAGGACCAAGUGGAAAAGAAAGUACACCUCAGAGUUGGAACUAGCAGCACAACAAUACUACUCGGCUCUUGGAUUGGUGUCAUCUCGACCCAUGGUUUUGGGUGAUCGAUUAUGGCUGUUUCCCAAUAAUGGGAAUUUCCAUCACCAACAUCCCUCCGGCCUGGCCCCACUGUCCCCACCACCAGGUGGACCCUCGCAAACACCAGGCAUAUUCUCACAUCCUUCCGGCACAGGCCAACUUAUCAGCCAUAAUCAUAACCAUCAUCAUCAGCUCGGAAAUGGUCAUCAUUUUCACCCUCACCAACUUUCACCUGGACACCACGUACUCCUUUCCGAUCCUUCGACCACAAGUGGCAUUUGCAGUAGGCAGGAACAACAACAACAGUCCUCUAAUUUGUAGUUUUGUACAUAAUGAUCAUCAUCGAUGCGAACUAAUGUGCGGAUAUAAAAGAGGAAAUUGAUUUGAACCCGUUGUUUCUCUCGGAUAAUUAUAGUUUUGUGUAACAAUUUUGUGUACACCAAAUAAUCUUUCUUACCAAAACUGCAUAUACGAAAUAAUAUUUGUGUAAUGUAAAUUCUACUCUUCAUAUUAAACUUGCUUGUUACAUAAUAAA